UUUGCUAGGUGCGUAGUAGGUUGCCAGAUUUUUCUCCCGCUAAAGUGUUGGAUUUUGGGGCUGGCUCCAGUUCAGCAUUCUGGGCAUUGAGAGAAGUUUGGCCAAAGUCUAUUGAGAAAAUAAAUGUAGUGGAACCAUCGCAAUCCAUGCAGCAUGCAGGUCGAAACCUAAUACAGGGUCUGAAGAACUUGCCCCUCAUUCAUAGCUAUAGUAAUAUUCAAGCAUUAGCUAAAGACCUCAAAAAGUCUGAGAGGGGACACAACCUUGUAAUUGCUAGAAGUUUGUAGUCUAGCACAAACUCUUGAUUUUUGCUUUACAAUAGGUAUGGACAAAUAAAACCUUUCUGUUGGGUUCAAAAACUAGCACUAAUCCAUGUUAAAUGUUUGCUCUGAUGGGGUUAAGUCUUAUGUGCUUGGAGAGAUUCCCUCAGUGAAGGAUCGAAUUACCAUUGUUCGCCAACUUUGGGAUCUUACACAAGAUGUUCUGGUUUUAGUUGAACCUGGAACGCCACAUGGAUCUAAAAUCAUUUCUCAAAUGCGAUCUCAUAUAUUAUGGAUGGAAAAAAGAGUGAGCGGCCCGAAAACCCAAGAAAAGGAAACUUCUAAGGAAAUUGUAGCUCUCAAAGCUGGGGCAUUAAUUGUUGCUCCAUGCCCUCAUGAUGGGCCAUGUACAUUGGAGAAUACUGACAAGUACUGUCAUUUUGUUCAACAUUUGCAGAGGACAUCUUCACAACGUACAUAUAAGCGUUCUAAGGGUAAUCCUCUAUGUGGCUUUGAAGAUGAAAAAUUUUGCCAUGUUGCUUUCAGACGUCGACAACGACCUCAGGAAUCUUGGCCUCUUGAUGGCAUAGAAUUUGAGACUUUGAAAGAGCAGCAUGCUAAAAGGAAUCUAGAAGACCUUGAAACCGACCAUGAGGAUUUGAUCAAAUUAAAUGAAGCAGCUGAUAUUGUACCAUUUGAAGAAACGGAUCCAACUAACCAUGACUCUGAUGUUAUGGAAGUCGAUAAGGAUGAUGAUGACAAUGACGAGGAAGAUGAAAAAGAUGGUAAUGAUGAAGAAACAGGUCAUGCUGAUCUUGGAGGUGGUUGGGGAAGGAUUAUCUUCUCGCCGGUUCAUAGAGGCAGGCAGGUUGCAAUGAACAUCUGCAGAUCGACCAAUCGAGAUGCCUCUGAGGGCUCAUUUGAGCGUAUAGUUGUCACACAGAGUAAGAAUCCAGCAUUACACCAUCAGGCCCGGAGAUCUCUCUGGGGUGACUUGUGGCCCUCUUGAACCAAUCUAACGUGUUCAGCCUCCUUUUAAACCACUGAUGCAAAUGCCAUUGUAUUACGUUAAACGCUGAUUAUAUAUCGCUAAUUGGUUGAUUGAUUGAUAUUUGAUCAUAUUGUUCUGUAUCCUCUGUGUGCCUCGUCUCAUGCAUUAACAAGAAACACGACUUCUGUUG